UAUCGUGAUAAAUUCACUUAUCAGAUUCGAACUAGUUGCUAUCAGAGCACUUUUACAUCUUUCAAAAUGGUUAUCAAGAAGCGCCAAAUCCUCUGGGACUGGACCAACUCCGCUGGUGCGGGAAAUCCAGGUGUCCCUGACAAGAUCAACCAAGUACCCUUCGGAAACAGUAGCCCCGUCGCAUCUGUCGUGAACUGGAAUGCCUGGGUUCCCCCUGAGCUUAAGGAUAGAGCCCCUUUCAGGCCCAUGGUCCGUGUUCUCCAGAGUGCAUCCGGCAACGAUUGGGCUAUGAUCGAAAACACUAAAUAUCCGAUUAUCCUCUUCUUUAAUGAGCCCGAGCGCGCUGGAAUAUCUCCGGAGCAGGCAAGGGAUAUCUGGAAUAAGCAGAUGUUGCCCCUGAGAAAGAACAAGGGGAAGAAGCUCGGUUCGCCGGCGGUUGCCUCUGACGAUAAUGGUCGGAAGUGGAUUGAGAAGUUCAUGUCGCUUGUUGCGCAUAAUCCUCCUGACUUUCUCUGCUUGCACUACUACUCUAAGAAUGGCGGCGAUGCCAUCAAGUAUAUCCAGGACAUGCAUAACAAGUGGCCCCAGCACAAAGUCAUGGUUACCGAAAUCGCUUGCAUUGACCGUAACGCCCAAGCCGUCGUGAACUUCACCGUUCAAGUCUGCAACUGGAUGGACGGACAAGACUGGGUUUUCGAGUACGGUCUCUUCGACUUCCAGCGCAAGGUCGCCGAUAAUUUCAUCAGCCCCGCAGCCCAGCUUAUGGAUGCCAACGGUAACUUUACGGAACUAGGCAAGAUGUACGUUCACCAGCAGCCCAUGAAGGCGCCGGGUAAGGCCGAAGUCCACGCAGCGGAAAUUGCAACCGUUGGACCUGUAUCCCACGAACCCAGUGAUGCAGUCUUCCACGCCGCUGAGGUUGCUUCAAACGGCGAAUUCAGUGUGGCUGCAGCUCUGAGCCCUGAUCAACAGAAUGCUUUAAACAUUCACAACAACAAGCGCAAGGCCAAGGGUCUUAAGCCCCUUAUCUGGGACAACCAGCUUGCUAAGAAUGCUGAGGCGUAUGCCAAGCAUCUGGCUCAGAUUGGCAAGCUGGAGCAUUCGAGUGGUGAUCAACGCCCUAACCAGGGUGAGAAUCUCGCAGCUGCGUCCGGUUCCAACACGCCCCUAGCUAUGGCGGCAAACAUGUGGCUCGACGAAGAGAAGAACUACCACGGCGAACCUAUUGGACAAGGAAACUUUGGAUCCUACGGUCAUUAUACUCAAUGCAUGUGGAGGUCCACUACGAAGCUUGGGAUGGCGUCGGCGAAGGAUGCCAAAGGGAGUGUCUAUAUUGUUGGAAGAUACUCGCCUCCUGGAAAUGUCGUCGGCCAGAAGCCAUACUGACCGAUUGAUUUCCGCUACUUUCUUAUCUAGUUUGGGAGGGGAUAAGGAGUCUUGGAUGGCUUGGUUGGCUGGCUGGGUACAGGCUGGGAGUUUGUUUAGGCGUUACACAAUCACACUCAUUUGGUUUCGUUAGGUUAACCACGUAAGAUAUACCUAGGUAUAUUCCAUUCAUUGAAUUCACC